AUGUGGUCUGCGGUGGGCGCGUGUCCGCACCGCCGGCACUGUGUGCAGUGCAGGGCCAUUGCGGCUGUGCGUGUGGCGCUGCUUGUGGCGUUGGCGGUGGUUGCUGCUGCUGCGUGUAUGCCCGCGGUGCAUGCGGUGGUGUUGCGACUGCGGGGCGGUACGGUGGACAGAGCCAUCACGGUUGGCCGCGUCGUGGACACGGUGCUGGUGGACGGCGUGUCCAUCACGAACGGCGUGGCUGUUGUGUUCGACGUUGCGGCGAUGCUUCCCGGCGCGCUGCGCAUCGAAUUGAGGAGCUGCGUGUGCGACGGCGGCGCGCAGAUCUACGUGCGGGGCUACAGCGGCGAGCCGGCGAGUGACCGGAGCCUGGAGGUGAGCGUGAGCGGGCUGUCCGGCGGCUACUGCUCGCUUGUGUUUGCGCACAACCUGCCGGCACACACGAACGUGACGGUCCGUGACUCGACGAUUGUGACGGCGGGGCCGAUGCAAUACUCGCAGCUGAGCGGGCUGACGGACACGGUGGCGUCGCCGCUUGUUCUGCACGCGACGUCGCUGUUGCAGACGCAGCUGCGUGUGAGCAACACUGUGCUGAGGUCGUCGCAGGCGGGCGGGUCGGCGGUGUACGUUGGCGGCGGCGUGGACCUGCUGUCGAGCGCGGUGGUGCUUGACGGUGUGUCGCUGGAGGCGUCGGGCGGUCCGACCGCGUCCGCGAUGCAUGUGGCGUCCUCGUCGCGUCUCAGUCUGCGGAGCCACUCGGUAUUCUCCGUGACGAACAUGUCGGUUGUGAGCAGCGGCGGCGGCAUUGUGCUUGGCGAGCGCCUCGCGGUGUUUGAUUCGGUGCUGCGCUUCGUGGGCGUCGAGGGGUCUGUCGCGUCGUCCUCGUUGGUACGCUGCGACGGUGGGACGGUCGGUGCCGGCGGGUGGCUGGAC